AUGCCUCUUUUCAACGUCACCCUCAAGGAAAACGCCUCUCCCGACGAGCUCAACAAGGCCAAGGAGAAGGCCAAGGCUGAUGGAGGAGAGAUCAAGCACGAAUUCACUCUUAUCAAGGGCUUCACUGUCGAGUUCCCUGACGACAAAGUCGGCGUCCUUCAGACCAACGAACACAUUCACGUCGAGCAGGACAGCGAGGUCAAGACUCAAUGA